AUGCCUGAAGUACCAGAUUUCCAGAAAUCAAGUCUGAGCAUAAAAAAUGAAUUCGAAAGACUCAGUGAUGCAUUCUGGUUUUAUGGUGAAGUCACCGCCGGAGAAAAAGCUUGGGCAUGGAAAAUAUUCCGAGCGUCAUGCAGGACUCUGCCUAUUGAAAAAUGGAAGCGACGCUUUUUUGUCUUGUCCAAGCCAGCUGGUAGUUUACCUGGUCAGUACCUGCUAAGUUACUAUACAGAUGAGUCAUGCCGGCGCCGCAAGGGCCAAAUAGACCUGGAGCAGUGUGAACAGAUCAUAGAAUCCUUGGCCUCCGAGCAGUUCAAGAACCUGCUCUCAAUCAAAACUUUCCACCGUCAUAAAAAGCGGACAUACUUCCUGGCCACAGAGACAGAAGAAGAUAUGACCACGUGGGUGAGGUACCUCUGUAGUGUCUGCGGACUGAAACAAGAGGAUAAGCCCGAGGACAUCCCUCCCCCACAGCCUUCCGAGGCUAGUCGCCCUUUGCCUGUUAGGAAGCCCCCUCCAGCUAGCUAUAAUGCCCUGAACCAUGUGACAGGUGCUGAGGCCCAGUCCUCGUACCAAGACAGCGCCCACUCCCCCCAGGGCUCUCUGCCUAGCCCCUGUGAGAACUCUCCGUAUUUGCACCUAAAUGAGUGUCAGACAGGGAGACCAGGCAGGCAGAACAGCUCCAGCAGUAUCCCUGAGGAACCUGCCCCUCACCCCCCAAAUAAAGACGGACCUCGUAACCUCUCCGUGAUAUCGGACGACGACCCUCAUAGUAACUAUGACUUCCCAAGGUCACGUGAUUCAAUGGACGACGGCCUGUACAAGGUGCCUCCCCCACGGCGCUCUCCAAGCCAGCUUGGACGGGAGGGGGCUAACAAAUACGACACCCCACCCCACCAAAAGGGAGCGAGUCCACGGUCAAGCAGUAGUGAGAGUCAAGCUGGUGAUUCAGCUUACUCUUCUGACCAAACCUACCAAAGCCCCCCACCCCCGGUGCAGUACUCACCUACACACUCCUCUGAGAUCUACGACAGCCCGCCACCGCCACGCAAGAUCGUCACAGGCGCUCCUGAACGACCCCCGAAACCAGGUUCUGUGAAACCCUUGGGUCAGAAGCAGAUAUCACUCAGCGACAAGGUCCCGUCAAAUCAGUGGCGAGAUUCUCGCGAAGACAACUACGACGUUCCACCUUCGAAUGCUGAAUGUGUCAACCCCUUGUUCAUGUCCCCUCCUCCGCCCUCUUGCCCUAACACCUCUCAUAAAUAUGUGAACUCUACACCCGCACCCAGUGUGGAACAGUCAGAUGAUUCGUACCUAGAGUUUUGUCCGCCGGCUUCAUGUAGAGGCUCCGUGAGGGCUUCCAGUGACUCUAGUUAUCUGAACAUGGACUCCAUUCCUGGGGCUGUCAGGAGCAGUGUGCAGAGCACUGGUUCUGGUGUGUAUGCUGAUAUGAGAGGUUCCAGGAAGGAUGCGGAUGUGGCUGGGGGAAGAUGUAGCAGUGUGUACCAGAUGCCCCCAGCUAUCCCGCGCCCUGUCAGCUUAUCCAACAAUGAUGCCCCUGUACCGCCACCACGCCCACCAGCGACAACCAGCUACAAACAAAACACAGAAGAAGACACGUACACCAUCUUCAGUUCUGAAAGAACACGAAGUUUUAAAAGAAAUUUGGUAAAACCGGAAGCUGACAGCUCAACAUCUCGAGUGAGCCCACGACCAAAUGUGGCCCUGCCUAGCCGUCGGGGCCCCGCUGACCCCACCAUUCAUGGGGAGAGCUCAAGUUCAGAUGAGGAUGAUGAUGAGGAUGACCGUAGUAUUGAUAGCGCCAUGACAACUAACUCUAAACAUAGUGGCUCGUCUGGACUGUGGAGACAACCAGCACCAGCUCCUAGAAAGGCCGAGCCCGAGUUGAAGUACCUUGAUCUGGAUCUGGACGAUUUGGCAGAAGGAGAGUCAGUCCAGAAUCCGUCUCUUUCUGGUGGCGGCACUCUGACUGAGUACAGAGAAAUUGACUUUGUGAAAACUCAUGCCUUAAGUAAAACAAAACGAUUCGUAGAUGUGCAAAGGAAGAGUAAUUCUGAAAGCUUACAGUGACCAAAGAAAUGCGUGUUUUUUGUGUGAAGAGGGAGAUGUUUGAAAUAUGGAGAGGCAUUCGCUGGGAUCAUAAGUGCACUUGAUGGUUUAUCGUGACACAGCAAUCAAAAACGUCAUUUCCCUGCCAGACAUGGAUGCCCCGCUGAACCACCCAGUGAUGUCACAUAGAUAUGUACAUACAUGCAGAUGCAUGGUGUAUUAUAUGUAUGUUCAUGCAGAGGCUGUAGAAUGUACAGGAAAAUGUCUUAAGCAUUACCAGUCCAUGACAAAUUCACAAUUACUGCUGGAGUGAGAAGCAAGGACAGCUUGACUGACCUUUUGUUAGUCUCACAUACAGGUGUUGAAUACAAUAAAAAGGCUGCCCUUGGUCACAUGUGAAAGCUUGUUUAUAAACACUAUGCUGUUACUAGACAGAUUUCACUGGUGUUCUUGUUAAAGGAAUCAAGGCUGCUCUUGCUGCAGCCUUAUUCUAACAUCAGUAAUCAGUAUACAGCAGAUGUGGUCAGAUGGGGAGCUUGAUGCUCAUUGAAAACUUGUGAGUAAUGUUAUGAAAGUCUGUUGGCUGUAAGUAAGGAAGAGUUACUGCCCUUGUGCUAUGGUGUUAGUAGUUACCUCCCUCUAUAAUGGUCUAGCACACUGAACUACUCCUGCUGUUAAUACUAGGACUGAGAAAUGAUUUCUUGAAUAAAAUACUAAGAGCAAAAUACUGAUGAAUGGCAGUUCAUGUAUAAGGUAUAAAGGUGUAGCAGUUCAUGUGCCUGAUAGGGCAACCAAACAGGCUACAGAAUUAAACACAGCGAUGUCUUUUGGAUUGUAGUUUAGUUUGAUAGAAUGAUAUAGUCAUCUCUAUUUUCUAUGUGGGUUUUGCCUCUUUCUGACACUGUGAUGAACAUUGCCAGAUGCAAGCUGCAUUCAGGACUGGUUGGAAACUUUAUUACAAUUAUCGAGUUGUUGAUGAUGAGAACGCAUAUGUUGAUAGUCUUUAUCUUGGAAGUCUUUUUUUUUUUUCCUGUUGAUGCCAGUCAGUGUCCUGUGAGAUGUUGGCUACUGUUGUUGGCUAUGAAAACGAAAUACCUCUUCAAUGGAUAAAAGCUUAUCUGUAUUGAUCUAUGUGGACCCAUUCUCUGUGUAGGCCCAUUCAAUUUGUGGACACAUUCACUGUGUGGCCCUAUUUGCUGUGUGGCCCUAUUUGCUAUGUGGACACGUUCGCUGUGUUGACAUGUUUGCUGUGUGGAUCCAUUCGCCGUGUGGACAUGUUCAUCGUGUGGACCCAUUCAAUGUCUGGCCUAUUGACUGUGUGGACUCACUCACUGUGUGGACCCAUGCGCUUUUAGAGCUGUGUGGCUACAUUCACUGCAUGGGUGAGCUGAAUGACACCUAUAACAAAGUUGGCAAAACUGGCCCAAAGUUGGUGUGAAACAUUUGUGUGAAACAAACUGUUUGACAUGACAAUUCACCAGUUUUUCUCUGGACAGUUAUUUGUGUCAGUCAUAGAUGUAAAGUCAUAGACUCUCUUGCCUUGAACAAUUGCUUUGAAGCCUGGAAAAGGAAGCGCAUUUUAGAGUUUGCAUAGUUGUGAAGAAUUCUUGGAAAAAUACUCAACAUGGCUGUCAGCCUUACCCUACUCUGUACCUGCUGAAUUCUGGCUGUUCUUAUUCAUGUGAAAAUGUGACUAGAAUUUGUACAAGGAAUAUAUAUUCAGAAUCAAGGACAUGUAGAACUUUGUACAUGUGCAUGUAUGUAGAAAUGUGGAUAAUCAGCUGAAAGAACAGACUCCUCUAGGAUGGGAGUAUUUGAUAUUUAGCUGGGCUAAUCAGCUGUUAUUUAAUGACUGAUGAUGUGUAUCAUUUGACUGCAAUAGAAGCACAGUGUAAACCUGUAAAUUUAUAGCUGGUCACCUACACCAUGUGCGAGUACAGUAACGGGGAUGCAGAUCUGAAAUGUACAAUUGGACAGGGAGGUACAGUUACAUGUAGCUGCAGGGUCCAGAUGGGUUAUCUCCCCUGUCACAUCACCAGAAUCAUUUUCACUAUACUUGGAGACUUAACAGUUGUUCAGUGGUUUACAGAUAACAUAGUUCCGUUAGUUUUAUCUGCUUUAGUAUUAUCACCUAAGCCAGCUGCCCAAAAAGGAAGUUGAAAAUGUUAAGCACAAGUGUUGUGUCCAUGUAUCUACAUAUUUAUGUGUAUCCUUAGUGCUGGUUGUUGUUUAAAAGCGAGCCGGAUGGAAUCUUGUGUUUUGGCCUGUUUGCUAGUGUUGUACAUGUACAUGCACUUGUGAGUGGACAUUCACAGCACCUUAAGGGGAUAUGCCGCUGAAAGAAGUUCAUAAAUUUUGAGUUGGUUUAGUUAAAUAGAAAAAUGAGUUGCAUGUGACUCCUAGCUAAAUUUCCUGGGUCUGUAUUUUCUGAAAAAUGUCAAGAGAGUUACAAGGGGAAAUCCGUCACUGGUCUAAACUGUCUGCCAGACGAGAUAACACGCAAAUGAGGCAGCGCAAAGAUUCUCAAAAUGCAACGUUUGCUCAUGGAUCGCACAUGUAAACAGUAGGAUACUUUAAAAGUGAAUUAUAAGUCAAGUAAACCAACUCCGAUCUUCCCUUAUGUCGAUAAUGUUGUAAAAGAUAUUCGUAAUUCCCAGCAAUCUGUAAGAGAGUACUGAAGUUACACGGUAGACCGACUGAAUAUCUCCCAUCUUCUAGGCGACAAGGGGAGGUAACUGACGAAAGUCAUUCACUCUAAAUACAGUGACUUGAGUGAGUUGAUGGUCAUAGGGAAACCCCAAAUAAAACUGAAAAUGUGAUUGUUCACUCAGUCAUAUACAUGUCAGUAGACAUCUGGAAGUCUCAACUUUAUGCAGAUGAUGUCUGAAAUAAUAGCCGAAGUUUUUCAACGUUCGUGGUAUGUCCCUUUACUUGUCUCGGAAAAACAAAAAGCUGAUUUUACAUUUUGUUACACUUACAUUGACGGGCAGAAAAGGAUGUUCACAAAUUUGUUAAGAAAUCGUCAGUGCUAUAAAUUACUACUUCCGUGUUUUUAUGCAUAAUGUUUUAUUUUCUUAUUAAAAUCUCUGCAAUAUAUGUAUGUCUGUAUUUUAAAAAUUUCAAUUGUCACCAUAUGACUUGCAAAUCUUCAAUGAGUGUGAAAGUAUUUUGCAUCAUACUCUCAUUUCUGUGCUUGCAUGUCUGAGGAAUUGUGUGGUCAGUUUUUAUACUGAAGUUGUUGUACAGUCAAUUACAUGUAAGUUGUAUGUCAGCUAAUAUUAAUUUCUGAAUAUGUUAAAUGUGCACUCCUGACUUAAAAUUCACAUCUGGGCUUCAGUUGCGGUUGUCUCCUUUUAUAUAGGUAGCUUACACAUGAUGUGUGUUGUGUGAACUGGCAGAUUUCUUUUUUUUUUUUUUAACACUUAUAAAUACCACAUUGUUCAGUGAAUUAUAUAUUCGCUGUAACUGCUGAAGGUCAGACAGGAGAUACAAAUGUACAGUAUGUGUGUAUGCCAUUCUGAUAAACAAAUGGAAGGAGGAAGUAAUUUACACAUUUUGAUUCAUCGACUUGUACAUUUUCAUCUGUGCUGGCAUGUUUAUAAUAGUGAAACAUUCAAACAGUUUAAUUAUACAGUGCUGCAGUAUAAUAUUCGCAUAUAUAUGAAAAUUUCUCGAGUACAAAGUUAAACACCAAUCAGUCAGAUAAAUACAUGUACCUAUAAGUAAAUUUAACUCUUUAGAUGAGUACAUGUGUAUAUGUAGAUGUCUUUAUAUAGAUGGCUGAUAGUGUUACCUACUUAAAAGGUUUGUACAUUUUGUGGAUGAUCAAUAAUUUACUGCUUUUUUAAGAUAUGUUUUUAUAACAGAUUAUUGACAAAUUCGGUAGAAUGAAAUUAUCCUUCUGUUUAUUUUAAAGCAAUCAAAACUUGAACCCUAAGGUACUAUUCUUGUGCAUAAAAAAAACCCAUGAGUAUUAUUGGUCAUUGUUGAUAUACAGUAUAUACAGUGUACUAUGUAAAUUGGAGAGUGGCACAUGGGUUGGAAGAUCUAUUCUCAUCAUUGUCUUCUUUGUUGUGAACUUGUGAAAAUUACUUUGCCGUCUUCCAGUUUUUGCUGUUGAUAUGAUUUUGUGUUCAUUUUCGUCAUUUUCACUAAUUUUACGGUACGAUAUAUACAUGUAAAUGUACAGUUAUCUAAACAUGUCAUAACCAUGUGUUCAUUUCCCCUCGCAUAGUCAUGUACUUAAAUCCCAAGGAGUUGCCUUAACCAACUUGCAACAUGUACAUGUAGUAUUAAAUUUCGUGGAUUUAAUUAAAGCAUUAAUGAUGCCAGUAUUUCCUGCCAGUGGACCUGUUACGAGUCUUUUUGAGGGUCUCCCAUUCAUUACAAGUCUAAUUCUGCCUUGAUCGUGUUGUUAGACAGAAGUCCUGGUUGAUCAUUUCCUUAAGAUCUUCCUGACAUUUAGUAGAGGAUCAGCUGUUAAAACUAUGGUCAUCGUUGAUACCACGACUCUUGAGCCCAUAUUCCACAAAGCCAGAUUUGAGUUCAGUCAAAAUUUGACAUUUCAUUAAUAUGCUUAUUUUUGGAACCCAUGCUCAUGUAGGUGUUGAAAUUGGAAACACAUGAGAAAGUUUAUGUUGUGACAUAUAUGUUCCAAUUUAGACACCGUGAGUUGUAAAGUAUGCAUCAUGUGGAAACUUACCCAUGUAAAUGUGCGCGAAAAAUUAAAGGAACCUUGGACUAUACGUGCAUAUUUACAGCAGUUAAGCUAUAGGGCAUGUCUUGAGUUGCUAUGGUAGUUACAAUGAACUGUCAUAGUUGUAUGGAAUUGGAUUUGACUAAAAACUUCUGUCAACCUUGUAUGGGACAUUCGUUUACAGGUGACAUAUAUUUUGCACCAAUAUUUUUUCUUUAAUGAUAGUCUUAAAUUAUGUAACCUUAUAUUACUGUUAAUUAGUAAAUCUUAACUUAUUUCAGCUUGCCCCUGCUUUUUACAUCAAAAGUAUAUACCCACUAUUCCAUAGACAUCAUACUGCCCGUGAACUGAAGUGUUUGUAACUCUACUGGUCACUAUAAGUGUUAGGUUAAUCCUGUGGUACUGAUUGUGUACUGUUAACUGUUUGUUGUAAUCAGGGCUUCUCAUAACCCUAUAUAUUGUUGGCUGUCAACUACUGUUUGGCUGUUUAUUGUUUGAUAUUGUUAAUACUUGUAUACCUAUAGUAUGAACCCAUUGUAGCUGAUGGCAGCAUUCCUAUCUCUUUCAUUUGCUAUUCCUCAGCCUAUAAUAAUUUACAUGCAUGUUACUUUGUUUUUUUUUUUUUUGGACGGAUUUAUUUUUUGUUAUAUAGUUUUAAGAAAAGUAGAAAGAUGAAAGAAAAAACUGGAAUGUUGAAAAUUAUGAUUUUGAAAGUGGGCAUCCUUUUUAAAGGAAGUAUUUUUCUUAUGGUAACCAAAAAACCAUUACUGUUUAUUGAACACUAAGACAAGGUUGUUGUUUGGUUAGUUUGUGUAUUUAUGACCGCUCUGUGUACACACCACAAACCAGUCGCUCUAUCUAAAUGUGUGUGGUAACUCUAACAUUGUCUAUCAUGCAUCUACAUGU